AUGAUCCAAGGCACAGCACAGCAUGGGCAGGAAGCGGACUUCGAACUCGAGAACAAGGAUUCCCGUUCGUACACACUUGUCGAAGAUCUCCCUCCAGCUGAUAGGAUAGAAGCUUUCCUCGGAGGGACGGGGACUCGCUUCAGCUUCGUCGGACAGCAACUCUGGUCCAAUAAUGCGUCUGCACUGCGGUGCCUCCUCACCAGAACAGGCAUGACGGCAUCUGAGCAGCAUUGUUGGUGGCUUCGGACGUGCGGAGUUUGGGCAAAUGGCGCAGGCCUUCGCAGGCCCAGUCGUCCCCGCCCAUCCUGGAACCUUUCUCCCACCUCGACUCACCUUCAUCACCACGCCAGCUCGCCAGCUUCACUAAGCUUCACCUCCGUCGGCUCACCAUCGUCGCCUCGCCAGCAUCGCCCCACCCGCACUGGCAACGCCUCACCAGCGCCACCAGCUUCGCCGCGCCAACACCAGCAACGCCUCACCACGCUUCGCCUACGUCAGCUCAUUGUCGUCGCCUCGCCAUCGUCGCCUCGCCAGCAUCGCCUCACCACCGGCAACGCCUCACCAGCGCCACCAGCUUCGCCAUUCCAGCAUCGCUCCGCCAACAUGUCAAGCGUCCUCCAAGACGGUCCAGCCGAGCUCUUUGACUUCGACGCAGCGUCCGAGGCUUCCGGGGACCCUCCAGCUGUCCCAGGUGACGAGAUGGCACAACAAUUACAAUGCACCGAACUGGUCGAUUCUUUGACAGCAGCUGCUACUGCUGCACCAGGUAGCGGAGAAGCGGAGAUCCUUCCUACGUGUGAACAGGCGUCCGGGGCCUUGGGGAACGGAGACAACCCACCCCAGGCGACACUCACGUUCGUGAUCCAAGACCAGAACUUCUCGAAUUCUGUUGAGCUCGGCAUCCUGAACGAACAUCCUGAGGCCUUGAAAGCAAUUACACCGACGCAAUCCUUGACAUCAUCGACCUUCUUCGUGCCCGCUAUUCGAGCUGCGAUGUCUGUGUUGCAAUCCGAAUGGGUAGACAGGUUAGCUGCUGAGCUGACUGCUAUCUCCUUGCAACAGGUCGAGGAAGUGCUGUCGAGGAGCAAUCCGUUGGCCAGUGAAUCCAGCAUGGAGUACCAAGAAUUCGCCGACAUCAUUGGUGGCAAGCUUAACGAGGCUCUGCCGCGCUUCGAGUGGCAAGGCCCGACAAAUUCCUUUGCGCGAGCCCGUUACAUCAUGGCUAUGCUGGAAGAGGCGCUUCGCGUCCUCGGCGCCAGAACGGAACCACUGAUCACGGCACUGAGGUCUCACGCACGCGCUAGGUCCGCUUUGAAGAGAAUAGCACACGCUAUUGCAGAGUCGGAUCGCAGCCCUGCAGAGCUUUAUGGUCAGUGGGCCCAUGAUACACUACUUUCGGCCUUGCUGUUUGGGAGAAAGCCGAACAGAUACGCCGAGACGUUCCAAACAGCUGGGCAGAACCAAGAGCCUUCGUACCAGGCCGUGGAGGCCUCCACGGACGACAGUGACAGCGACGUCGAAGAUAGUCGCCCGACUAAACUCGGCUCAAAGAGGUUGAUUCAAGACAAGUCGCAACAUCUCACCCUGGCUGAAGGGGCAGAAGAUGACCCAGUGUGCAUGUCGGACUCUGACACGGACGACAGUGCACACUGCAAGUCGAAACAUCGCAGUACAAGACAGAAAGCCGUUGACUACAACAUGAAACACCACCCGCAGGACGGUGCGAUCCCGCGCGCCUAUAAGAGACGAAAGGUGACCGGCAAGGUCGUGAAGAAGUGA